AUGUCGGAGAACAGGGAGGAUGGGGUCUAUUCACCACUGCGUAGAGGUCGAUGGAGAGUGGCUGGUGGAAGAGAAGACCUACCAGAUUAG